UGUGAGGAGAGAGAUAGAGGAAGUACACAGGUAGAGAGAGAAGGGCAUAAGGUGUCAUAUUACAGAUACUAGUUUGGUGUCGUUUAGUGAGCAGGGGCUGGGUCACUCACAACAAAUCCCUGUGGAUUUCAGCAGCACGGAUACACACAGAAACACACAAACGGUCGCUAAUACAGCAGCAGACUUUUACAGCAAGUUAGGCAGCCUGCAUGAUAGAUCACGUUUCAUUGCCUGUGAAUUGAGGGACAAAGAACAGAGUACGAGAGGAAGAGAGAGACAGAUAGAGAGAGGGAGAAGGAGAGAGAAGGAAGAAAGAGAGAAUAACCAUACGGACCGGCACAGAGUUGUGAGAGGUAGAACUUUAGAAGUGGAGGGACAGAAGGCACAAGACGAAGGGAAGGGAGAGACUGUUGAAGGGAGUUCUACUUAGUCCAGAGAGUGAAGUACAGUGCAUCCUCUGUACCCUGUGACCUGUGUGUCUGGGCCAGCUGAGAUCGGACUUCAGCAACAUGAAGACUGACACCUGGCUUGCUGAAGAAAGCAAUAUACCAUUAAAUCCUAGACAACAAGUUGUAGUGCAGCCUGGUCGAAAAAGAAAGCUCAUGACGGCUCCGAAUUCCCAGAAAGAGAAGUCCUCGUCGAGGAAGAGGGUCCUGAUCACUGUGUUGAUGGUACUGGUAACGCUGGGGAUCCUGGUCACAGCUGGCUACUUCAUCGCGCAGCUGAUCAACAGCAAUUACUUCUUCUGCUCCCGGUCGGUGAAGUUCAUUCCCCUGGACAAAGCGUGUGAUGGGAUAGCAGACUGUUCAGGAGGAGAGGACGAGCUCACCUGUGUGACCUUCAUGACUGUCAACACUACCUUCCCAGUGCGUCUGGUCUCUGAGCAGAGUGUUCUCCAGAUCUACAGUGCUGGGACAGGAUGGAGGAGUGUGUGUGGUGAGGACUGGACCCAGCAGCACACAGAGAAAGCCUGUCAACAGCUGGGCUACACCAAUAAACCCAUCAGUAGUACCAUCUCAGUGCAGAACUUGUCCCUGUCCCUGAAGACAGGACCGUUCUCAGGGGUCAGGGUCGCAGCCAAAACCACCCCCAUUUACCAGACUGUCAUUGACCGCCAGGUUUGUAACUCAGGAUCCGUGAUCUCCCUGACCUGCUCCGACUGUGGAGAGCGGGGGCCAUCGGACCGUAUCGUGGGGGGUGUGGAUGCGUCUAUAGAAGACUGGCCGUGGCAGGUGAGCCUGCAGCAGAAUGGACAACACACCUGUGGAGGGUCACUGGUGUCACCACGCUGGGUCGUCACAGCAGCACACUGCUUCUCUGGUAGUAAGAAGGAGCUGAGUCGCUGGCUGGUGGUGUCUGGGAGGACUUACAUGGGCUCCAUGGGAGGCUCGUAUGUAGACAGGAUCAUACUGAAUGGAGACUACAACGCAGCCCGCAAUGACUACGAUAUGGCCAUGAUGAGGCUGACCAAACCCAUCACUGUAGGAAACACUCGUCGGCCCGUGUGUUUGCCCCCUAAGAACCUGGGCCUGAAGGCAGGAGACUCUAUGGCGGUGACAGGCUGGGGCUACCUGGAGGAGAAGGGUAAAGUGUCUCCUGUCCUCCAGAAGGCUACCAUUCCCCUUAUAGACAGUGAUCAGUGCUCCAGUCCCACUGUCUACGGUUCCUCAAUUACUCCCAGGAUGCUUUGCGCUGGUUACCUGGAGGGCAAAGUGGAUGCAUGUCAGGGAGACAGUGGUGGUCCUCUGGUGUACCUGUCAGGACAAUGGCAGCUGGUGGGGGUGGUGAGUUGGGGGGUCGGCUGUGCCAGAGAGGGUCGACCAGGGGUCUACUGCAACGUGGACAGUAUGCUCAACUGGAUCCACACUGUCAUGGAGAAAAACCCUUGAAGCCUCAAACCGGGACCAAAAGCCAAUGCUCUAUUGGGUUGGGGUAUCAGAAUGGAUUUCAGCGGAUCUACAUUGAGCUCUGUUAGUGGAAUGGAAGAGGAAUCCUCUUCAAAGUGCAAUUUAAAACACCUACAACAAUACAUAACUCAAACAAACACACACACAUGCCCGCACACUCAGAUAGGCACAAAAGUGCAAGGACAAAAACACACAUGGACACACUCAACACUCCUUCUUUACCAUAACAGGUUAUUUACGGUGUGGCUUGUGCCAUCUUAGGUAUCUCAGGGACCACUGACGUGGUAGUGUAACACUGUCGCUUAAGACGACAGUCGGUCUGGGUCUGCAUCCCAAAUGGCCCCCUAUUGCCUUUAUAGUGCACUACUUUUGAUCAGAACGCUAUGGGGUAAAAGUAGUGCACUAUCAAGGGAAUAGGGGGCCAUUUGGGACAUAUGGUGCUGAGACAUGAACCUCUCUUCAGAUUAUAUGUCAAUGGAGGGGCCAUUAUGCCUCCUCCAAUAACCGUCCUGUACAUCCCAUCAUGGAUUCACUUGUGCACUUUCAGGUGGUCAGACCUAUUCACUGUGUGCCAACAUAUUUCCAGUGUGCAAUUGGAAUAAUCCCUGCUUGCACCAAUAUGCACAUGUACAAGGUUCUGAUUAAUGGCGUGUGUUUUUUUUGACAUUGUGAACAUUUAGUGUUUCUUUGUAUAUCUGUAAAUAUUGUAUACUAUGUAGAAAUGGUUGUCUGUGUAAGAUAAGAAUGUGUCUUAUUGCACGUAUUGUUGGCAUGUUUGAUAAAGGGAUGCCUGUGUUCAAUAAAUAAAUUAUCAGAUUAGGAUUGUGAUGAACUGUGAGUAAUGGGAUGUCUCGGCAGUGUCUGAUUGUAAUGUCUAAACCCUGUAUCAAUGACAUGUAAGCCUGUGUCAUCCAGUGGGCUAUAUGGGGAAGUUACAAGACAGUAGUAACAAUAAAGUUACUCCACAGCCACAGCAACAAACCGACACAUCUACAACAGUAACUCCUUUUAUGCAAACCUUUAUUUCCUGUAUAUAUAUAUAUAUAUAUAUAUAUAUAUACUUUGUUCUACAAUCCAGAGAAAAAACUAUUGAGGUGCAUAGUUAUGAGAGGGGAGAAUGUGGGACAUUAUUACAGAAACAGAGGAAUAGUAGGUGGUGUUGCACAUUCACUUUAUAGUUCUUAAAGGAAACAUCAUAUUAGAGACCGAGGAAAUUGAGUUCGGUCAGUCAUUGACUGCCUCACAGUAAGUGGGUGUGUAUGUUUUGGUAGGUAAGAGGGCGAGCUGUUUUCUUCUGCACGAGCCACAUUAGCCCUCAUACUCAGCUUGGGCUCGACAGUGGUCGUUACAAUUUAGCAAGACAUUACGGAAGUACAGCACUCUUUAAACCCAAUUACAAAUAGCAAAUGUGCUGUACUUAGUCAUCAGUUAGGAUGAUAUUGCAACUUGAGUCCAUUCAAGCCUGGCCAUCUAGUGACUCCUACCCACAGACAGUAACGCUGUGGGUGAGGCCAGUGUGGGAGUGAAAACAGCCCCUCCUCAGAACCCUGGACAGCUCCUUGGAGUAGAGGAUGAUGGGUAAUAACUGUGUACACCUUUAUGUGUGUGUUGUGAUCCUAACAGGUAGUAACCUGGCUACCUAUGAGCUCAGAGUAAAAGUCCUAUCUAUUUGACUGUAGAGUAAACUGUGAUGUGGGUAGCAUGAGUUGGCUACAAAUGCACAUACAUACCCAUUGUAAUAAGGAUUAAAAUAUAUCUUUUUUUUUGCUUGUUUGUUUCACUUGGCCUUGGUGGGCUAAAACAGUGCACAACUGAGCCUUUAGAAAAGGCAUUUUAAAAUGCAGUUUGGCCAGAGGACGUGUGUUGUACUGUACAGUAUACUGCAGGUUGGAGCAGGGGGUGUUCUCUGCACUGGAAUGUGGGAAGCAGAGAGCAGACUUCACAAACUCUUGGCUUGGCAGUGUGAGUAGGAGUCGCUCCGGCAGUGGGCUGCAGGAAACCCAUAUUAGUAUCAAAUCAGAUGAUUUUUACAUCUGUUAUAUAAGAAGCAGACAAUGUUAGGACUGAGUGGACAGAUUUAUAUUUAUGUCCACUGACUGUCAUUGUUGAUCUUUCUGUUGAAUAAAUAUACAGUACAUUGUAGCAAUGUAAUCUACAAUGCAUUGUUAGCAAAUUCCAGUAUUCUUAUUUGAGCUGCAGAGAAUUCAAAGCUUGUAUUAGAGUUGAUUGGAUUUCCCAUGGUAGAUCAGUAUUUUGAUAACAUUGAACGUGAGCUAUAGCUCUGUAUCAUUUUCCAGGUUUUUGCUGUAAUACUAAAGCAGUGAAUCAUCAUUGGAUGCUUCCUGUAUUUCUAUGUACUGUCACAACGUGCACAGGGUAUCAAUACUGACGGACACAUGACAUAAUUUGUUUCAUUUCAUGGUUGUGCAAGUGUGAUAAGAGUGUAUCAAAUAGUGCUUAAUAAUACUGUUGUGUAUCAAUACCCAUUAUACUACCAGCCAUGCUGUUAGUCUGUGUUGCCUGAGACGUUGGUUCACAGGGUGAGUUGUGUGGAUCUGCCACGGUGAUGCAGGCUUGAGCUGAUUGCUGCUUUUAGUCUAACAUAACAUGCGGUCCACAAUGCAUCACUGCGGCUAUGCGACUGCCUCCAGAGAAGCACUACACUGGGCAUGCUCACUGCUGCACCCCACAGCUCAGACAUGCACAAUCAAGCUCAUAGCUUGUGGAUAUCAGCUCAGACAUGGCUAGUCGAGCUCAGAGCUUGUGGAACUGCACAUACUGAGGGGCUUGAACAGACAGUGUUCUCCUAGAGAUACUGAAGCAGUGAACAGUGAAGGAUAACUCUGUACUUAGUAACACACAAGACAUUCAAUACUGAUGGUAGUUUUGGACAUUCUCGGAUCUGAUUAAAGUUACAGGAGGGACAAUGAAUACAAACACAUUAACUAGCCUUAUAGAUCAUUUUCUUCAUCGACAUGAUCCUUCUGAAUAUAUCAACAGAGGCUUGAUUAUACAAAGACACUAAAA